GUGUUGUUGCUGUCAUCAUGCAUUCUUUUGUGAUAAACUAUAAUAAUUUGUUACGAUACGACAACCGGUGAUGAAGAACACUAAUUGGGAAUUAGGGUUUCAUGACGGCCCUAUUUAAUCGAUCACCACUACUCUCUCCCAACAUUUGAGUUCAAACGGCAACGAUAGAGAGCGGAGGAGGAGAGCUGUCAAUGGAGACGGAGACGGAGACGGAGAUGAGGAACGGGGAGUCGCUCGACGCCAAGUCAUGGCGGUUCAAAGGAAACCCGGACCUGAACCUGGCCUCGGACCUCACCGUCAGAGGCGUGCUCAACGUGCUCCGGGAAAAUCUCGACAGAAAUGAUCCCCGCCCUGUUAUUCCUAUGGGCCACGGCGACCCUUCCCCUUUCCCUUCUUUUCGCACCGCCGCCGUUGCCGAGGAUGCUGUCUGCGCCGCCGUCCGCUCCGCUAAGCUCAACGGCUACUCCUCCACCGUCGGCAUCCCCUCGGCUCGCAGAGCGGUGGCAGAGUACCUUUCGAAAGAUCUUCCAUACAAGUUAUCACCUGACGAUGUUUUCAUGACUUCCGGCUGUACCCAAGCCUUGGAAGCCAUUAUAACAGUCCUUGCUCACCCCAAUGCUAACAUUCUCCUCCCACGGCCAGGCUUUCCUUACUAUGAAGCCAGGGCAGGGUUUUCUCAACUUGAAUUCCGACACUUUGAUCUGCUCCCGGAGAAGGAUUGGGAAGUGGAUCUGGCUGCAGUUGAAGCUAUAGCCGAUGAAAAUACUGUUGCCAUUGCUAUUAUCAAUGAGGGAAAUCCCUGCGGAAAUGUUUUCAAGUACCAACACUUGAAGAAGAUUGCGGAGACAGCAAGAAAGCUUGGAAUCUUAGUGAUUUCUGAUGAGGUGUAUCAUCACCUUAGCUUCGGAGAUAAUCCUUUUGUUCCAAUGGGUGUCUUUGGGUCAAUUGUUCCUGUUGUUACUCUGGGAUCGAUAUCAAAGAGAUGGAUCGUUCCUGGUUGGAGACUUGGUUGGCUCGUCACUACUGAUCCAAAUGGCAUCCUUAAGAAGCAUGGGAUUGUUGCUAGUAUCGAAGGCUUUCUGAAUAUUACAUCCGAUCCGGUGACCUUUUUACAGGGAGCGCUUCCGCAAAUUCUUGAAAAUACACCAAACGAUUUCUUUGAGGGAAUUAAAAGCACACUUAAAGAAUGUUCCAAUAUAUUGUAUGAUCGGUGCAAGGAAAUCCCAUGCAUUACUUGCCCCAGCAAACCUGAAGGAUCGAUGUUUGCCAUGGUAAAACUUGAUCUGUCCCUUUUGGAUGGCAUUAAGGAUGACAUUCACUUCUGCACUGAGCUGGCUGAGGAGGAAUCUGUUAUAGUUCUCCCAGGGAUUGCUGUUGGGCUGAAGAAUUGGCUUCGGGUGACAUUUGCAGUGGAGCCUUCAUCCCUCGAUGAUGGCUUUAAAAGAAUCAAAGCUUUCUGUGAGAGGCGCAUGAGGAAACAUUGAAAAUAUGGCUUCGGGUGCUGUUUGCAAUAGAGCUUUCAUCUCUCGAUGACGGCUUGAAAAGAAUUAAUGCUUUAUGACGAAACAAUGAAAAUAAAUUGUGAGAACGAGUGUAAUAUAAUUAAUUGUAUGGUUUUUAGACUAUAAAAUAAGUGAUGAGACUUCUGUCUGCGAAUAUAUAUAA